GAGUAACCAGGGCGGUCUUGAGCGAGGAGUCAUAAAGCGAUGCAGAAAGAUGUAAGAUGGCAGAGCUGCAGAUGUUACUCGAGGAGGAAAUCCCCGCCGGCAAGAGGGCGCUGAUAGAGAGUUACCAGAACCUGGGCCGUGUGGCUGAUUACUGUGAGAACAACUAUAUCCAGGCCCAAGACAAGAGAAAGGCCCUUGAAGAGACAAAAGCAUAUACCACCCAGUCCCUUGCGAGUGUUGCUUACCAGAUAAAUGCUUUGGCAAAUAAUGUGCUCCAGUUGCUGGAUAUUCAAGCCUCUCAACUCCGGAGAAUGGAAUCUUCCAUUAACCAUAUUUCUCAGACUGUGGACAUCCAUAAAGAAAAAGUGGCUCGUCGGGAAAUAGGUAUUCUGACCACCAACAAAAACACAUCUAGAACUCACAAAAUCAUAGCACCAGCCAGUGUUGAGAGGCCAGUCAGAUACAUUCGGAAGCCAAUAGACUACACAGUGUUGGACGAUGUUGGUCAUGGAGUGAAGUGGCUUAAAGCCAAGCAUGGAAGUAACCAACCUCCAAGAGCUGGUACACUCACUCGGACAAACCCACCGACUCAAAAGCCACCAAGUCCCCCAAUGUCUGGGCGUGGAACAUUAGGACGGAACACUCCCUACAAAACAUUAGAGCCGGUCAAGCCACCUGUUAUUCCUAAUGAUUACAUGACCAGUCCUGCGAGGAAUGUGGUUGCAAACCAGCAAAGCCCUAUGAGAACAGCAUCAUUGAAUCAAAGACCAAGAACACACAGUGGAAGCAGUGGAGGAAGUGGAAGCAGAGAAAAUAGUGGGAGCAGCAGUAUAGGCAUUCCAAUUGCUGUGCCUACACCCUCACCACCCACUCUUUUGCCAGCAUCAUAUUCUGUCCCUGCUGGAGCCCCAUCCCUGCCGCCACCACCACCUCCACUGCCAGUGGGCAGUUUCAUAGCUGGCCCUGGUUCGGCUCCUGGCUCCCAAUACAGUACAAUGACCAGGCAGAUCUCUCGGCACAAUUCCACCACCUCUACAGUAUCUUCGGGGGGCUUCAGGCGAAAUCCUUCAGUGACUUCUCAAUUUUCUGUGCAGCCUCAUGUUAAUGGUGGCCCUCUUUAUGCUCAAAAUUCAACAUCCUUAGCUCCGCCCCCUCCCCCUAUGCCUCAACUGACUCCACAGAUCCCCCUCACAGGCUUCGUGGCCAGGGUGCAAGAAAACAUUGCCGAUAGUCCAACUCCUCCACCUCCACCACCACCAGAUGAUUUACCUAUGUUUGAUGAAUCCCCCCCUCCUCCUCCCCCACCACCUGUGGACUAUGAAGAUGAAGAAGCAGCAGUCGUGCAAUAUAAUGACCCUUAUGCUGAUUCAGACCCUCACUGGGCACCAAAGAUUUAUCUUGAAAAAGUUGUGGCAAUAUAUGAUUAUUCAAAGGAUAAGGAUGAUGAGUUGUCCUUCAUGGAGGGGUCAAUCAUUUAUGUGAUAAAGAAGAAUGAUGAUGGCUGGUAUGAAGGGGUCAUCAAUGGAAUUACUGGUUUGUUUCCUGGAAAUUAUGUGGAACCUAUCAUGCACUAUACAGAUUGAAGCAACAAGUGGCAUUUUCAAGCUUUGUUUAAUCAUUGGCCAGUCUAAGAAUUUUGGGGUGUGGCUUGAUUUGGGGAGGAUUAAGGUUUUUCAAGGGUGCCAUUACUUUUCAGUUCAGCGUGGAAACUGACACUGAAUUAGACUGAAAAUUCAACAAUGUUCAAACUGAGACAAUAAGGUGCAAGUGCUGGUCAAAUUUUCUUAAGACUUACGGUCAUUCCUAAAAUACAACUAGUGCUUGUUGAUAGCAUGCAUAAAAGUACACAAAUUUCUGUAUUGUAGUCAAAUAAUUUUUAACCUAAAAUGCUUCCAAUAUGUUGUAAUUUUCAGUUAAUCUGUGAGCACCUCAAUUGUAAUCAUGAACUGUCACAUGAGUCUAUAAAGAACAUUUGUGGAUGAGGCUUGGGUAUCUUCUAAUCAAAGUACAUGUUGUUGAUUUGUACUCCAGGUUAAACAUUUUAUAUGAAUAAAAUUUACAUAAUGGGGAAAAUCCAUCUGUAGUCAAAAGUGAACCAAAGUGGAGUUUGUCAGUUCAUUUGUACAAUGGAAAUUGUCUGGAUCAUUGGCUUUAUAUAGUCCUGGUAAAUCUUACUGAACAAUUUACUAACUUUUUUAGAAUGUUAACCAUUUAACAUCUUAUUAGUUAUGUUCUAAACUAGAUUCAGGCAAUUCUACUGUACAAAGUCAGUUUCUAGGACAGAUUUUACUUCCGAUACAUCCUGUGCCUCAGGCCUGAUCAACUAUGCUUUGCUAUUUGCUUUGGAAGACAAAAGUAUAAUUUGUUUCAAGGGGUUAUUACUAAAUUCUCAGUGUAUUUCAAGCUACAGUUUUUGUCCCCAAUCAGAAAAUCAGUGUUCAGCUGUGUUUCUCCUGUGUUCUGUUUAAUUGUUCUUUGCAAUUCUUCAUGCUUCAAGUGUUGAGGCUAAUAAGAAACCAAGAAUCUUAUUUUGUAAAUUAAUUUGCUAUUAAAAUAGAGAAAAAAGGGGCACAUUGUGCCUUGUUGCUAAAGGGGAUAAGGAUGGCAAUAAAGCAGCAUCCUUUUUGUGGAGAAGCGCUAAAAUUUCUUGCACCACAAUUUUCUAAUCUUAUUCUAGAAGCAGUGCUCUAGUCUGAUUUAGCAAAGUUAUGUACAAAUAAAAUUAGUUAAAUUUAUUUGCUUUUAAAAAAGAUGUCCACUCUUGAAAGGACAUUGUGGGGGCCAAACAUUACAUAAUCUGAGGUUUUCUUAUUAACUUCUGCCUUAUGAUUGUAAGAAGCUUUAACAUUGUGAACUUUCAUUCUCUUCAAACUUAAACUGAAAAUGCAUUCCUUUAAUUUGUAUAUAACCUGUUACAAUUGUAUGUACAGCCUUUUAUAAUAAAUCAUUCUCAGUAUAUAAAAAA